AUGUCCACCACAUUGAGUGUCGUAUCAGAUAACUUCCCCAUACAGGAAGGGACCCUGCUGGCCUCCAAAACCUCCUGCUACGAGGUGCAGGCCUUUCUUGGGGAGGGAAGCUUUGGGAGGGUGGUCAAGUGUGUCGACAUUGUGACCAGUACACAGGUGGCCAUCAAAAUAACCAGAGAUAAACCCUUUCUUGCUGAACGAGCACUGGAAGAGAUUAAAAUUCUCAAAAAGCUGUGGACACUGGAUCCAGACAAAUGCAGUCUCGUCAGAUGGAAUGGCUCCUUCUUCCAUGAAAGGUUCAUUUGUCUGGAGUUCGAGCUCUUGGAUCAGAGUCUGCACGAGUACACUCAACAAAGGCAAGAUCAGCCUCUGUCUAUGGCAGAGAUUCGCCCAGUAAUACAUCAGCUGACCACAGCACUCCUCCACCUCGAUGACCUGAGAAUCCUGCAUGGCGAUUUAAAGCCAGAAAAUAUAAUGAUCGUAGACCGCAAGCAGCAGCCACUGCAAGUCAAACUCAUCGACUUUGGUCUGGCUCGCCAUGUGUCCGAUGCUGUUCCCGGGUCAUGUGUUCAGUCUCUGUGGUACAGAGCACCAGAGGUCAUGCUGGGCAUGUGCUUUGCAGAGCCAAUAGACAUGUGGUCUCUUGGUCUGGUUGCAGCAGAACUUGCUGUGGGCUUCCCACUUUUUCCUGGGCUCCAUGAAUAUGACAUGAUGAAAUUCAUUGUAAACACCCUGGGUCAGCCACCAGACUAUCAGCUGAACUCUGCACUCAAAAGCAGCUGCUUCUUUCGCUUUGACAGCAGCUUUAAGCAGCAGACCUGGAGACUGAAGUCUCCUGAGGAGUUUGCUAGAGAGACUGGUCAUCAUUUCACAGAUACAAGAUGUUAUCCAUUCACGUCUCUGGAUGUCUUCAAGGGUGUGAUGUGUUUCAGAAACACGGCCAAGGAGAAUGAGGUGCAAAACUUUAUCAACCUCUUAAAAAAGAUGCUGCUUGUGGACAAACACAACAGAAUAAUCCCUCUUAAAGUGCUGGAGCAUCCAUUCUUCAGUGUGGACCAGCACACAGACAGCAGCCAAAACAAGAACGUUAAAAACCUGACGGUUGACAUGGAGGAGACUCGGCCAAACAUCGUCACACUGCAGCCGUCCUCACUGAAAAAGACUGUCUGCAGUGUUGAACCCGUUGCAACCGAGUCCAUGACUCCUCAUCAAGAAACAGUUUUUACUCAAGCAGAAAAUGUCUUUGCAUGGCUGGAGGAUGAGGAGGAUGAAGAAGCACACGUCCAGUCUGAGGUCGUAGUGGAGAUCAGCAGUGAGAGCGAAGCCUGUGUCCACGCCUUCUUUAAGAGGGUCAUAGAAGCUUUCUCCUCCUGUUUCCAAUGGUGACAAAAUGUCAUUUGCCAAUAAAAUUACUGACUGUCUUCA